GACGAGGCCAUUUACUUUCUGAUUAGCGAUUAAAGUAAAUUCAUAUACCUCUUUUACAUUUCUUAACCUAUCCAAAAGGCAAGGUUUUGCUGCAAGUGCAACAAAUUAUUAUUUUUUUUUAAAGAAUGGCUCCUGGAUUAUCAAUACCGCUCAAUCGUUAUGAGCCUGAAAAUGUUGGCAUCAAGGCUGUUUUGAUUGGGCCUCCAGGCUCUGGAAAAGGAACCCAGGCUCCACUUCUUAAAGAAAAGUUUUGUGUUUGUCACUUGUCAACUGGAGAUAUGCUUAGAGCCGAAAUCUCAUCUGGAUCGAAAUUGGGUGCCGAUCUCAAGAAAGUUAUGGAUGAAGGCAAACUUGUCUCUGAUGAACUUGUUGUAGAUUUGAUUGACAACAAUUUAGAUAAACCAGAAUGUAAAAAUGGUUUCCUUCUUGAUGGUUUUCCACGGACAGCAAUUCAGGCUAAAAAGCUUGACGAGUUGCUAGAGAAGAGGAAAACCGAGUUGGAUGCUGUCGUUGAAUUUGCCAUCGAUGACAAUUUACUUGUGAGGAGAAUCACUGGAAGACUCAUUCACACAGCCAGUGGACGGUCAUACCAUGAAGAAUUCCAUCCACCAAAGGUGGCGAUGCGUGAUGAUAUUACAGGCGAACCUCUGAUCAAAAGAACAGAUGACAAUGUUGAGGCUUUAAAGAAAAGACUCGAAUCAUAUCACAAGCAAACUAAAGUUUUGAUUGAUUACUAUGCUCAGCGGGGUUUGCAUUUCCGAGUUGAUGCCGCCAAACAAGCUAGUGAUGUGUUUGCCAAUAUUGAUUCAAUAUUCCAGCGCCAACGCAGUCGACGUGCAGUUUCAUGAUUCCCUUGUAAGACUCUAAAGUGUAUUAAAGAAAAGUUAUAGAAAA